AUGAUAAAAGUACAAGCAUUGACCGAAUACGGACCCCAAAUCUUCGAAAUCGAGAGUAAUUUUCACUAUGUUAGAGACUUGGUGGAAAGAUGCGCAUAAAAACUUAAAAAAUAGAAUGUUCGACUUUAUUAUGACAAAGAUUGCCAAAGAGAGAUUGGAUCUGAUUAGAGGAUUGAACAAGCAGGAAUCAACUAAAUUAUCUUUGUUAAAAUAAUAGAAAAUGAAUUUGAAUAGUCGUCGCAGUAUGGGGAUGUAGUAUGUUGGUUCAUAAGAGAUGGAGUAGAAUUAGAAUAAGGAGUUCAAUUAAGAUCAGACUUUACAUUUGAAGAAGUUUUGGAUGAUGCGAUAUCCUAGAAUAUAAUACAAAGCAUGCCAUAAUAGAUCAAAGUGACAAAUCACAGACAAUCUCAAAUCCUGGCAACUUUAAUGGAAAUGCAGAUGUUUAAGCUCAUUGACCCAAAUACGAGAGACCCUCAACUAACUAUCCAUUUUACAACUGACGGAAAAGAUCCAAUAGUAGAAAAUACUCAAUUUAAUUAAUAAUUCCCUUAGAAAUUUCCAGUAUUUCAGGGACCAAGGAAGGAAUUCUAACCUAAUAUAUCAAGAAACUAAAAUUUUUAGUAACAAUUGCCAAAUCAAUAACAACAGUCAUUUUAAUAAUUCUAAUAAUUCAGCAACAAUACAACCUUCUAGCCACAACCCUUAAAUGCUACUGCAAUGUAAAACAAGGGUUAGAUUCAUAAUACAAGCUUUCAACCCCAGCUAAAUUUCCCACAACAAAAACCCUAAAAUUUUAACAACAAUAUGUAGCAAUCUCAAUAGAUUCUUCAAUCUAAUAUCAUAGGGCAAUCUGCUAUAAUUUCUUAAAUGUAAAACAACAAGCCAUUCUAAAUGAAUCAACCAAAUUCAAAUUAAAAGCCUCAAUAAGGUCAAUAACCGGGGUUUCCUCCUACUUUCACUCCUAAUACUAUUCAACCUGAAAAAAGUCCAAAUCAAUCAUUACAAAAAAAUUAAAAUAACCCAUUCAUGCCACCUCCCAAAAAUCCAAAUUUAGGAUUGCCAAAUCAAAAUAACCCAUUAUAAUAAUAAUUCUAAAACAACUAUCAGUAACAACAUCUUGAGUCUGAAGCAAUUAAGAGUCUUGAACAAAUGGCUCAAAAGACUGUCGAUUCAACUUUUAUCUUGGGAAAUUUUGUCUUUACAAUCGAUUAAUAAGGAGGGUAUGUAAGUUACAAACACAUAAAUAAUAAAAUAACUGGUUAUUUUAUUGAACCAAAAGGUAAAGAAAUUAGUUUAAAAAAUGAGAAUAACCUUAAAUGGUAAACUAGAUUAGGAGUCUAGAUAGCUUUAAAUGAUAAUUUAGGGUUUGUAAUUAAAUGGAAAAAUAAUACUUAUAAUUCUAUAUUAAUGAACUUUUUGUGA